ACCGAUAUUCAGCGGCAUAUCUCAUUAAUCGAGAAGAAAAAUGUUGAAUUUAGUGGUUAAAAUGUAAGCAUUUAUAAUGACUUAUUUUAAAAUACAGUCUUCCGGGUUUGAUACCAAUCACGUGACAAGAAUAUAUUGCGCGCAUGCUCCGUGCACAUCAAGGCUAGCAAGUCGCACUUUCCACAACAGUAGCCAAAAGUUGAAGUUUGGAUUAUUUCACAAGCUUUCGUGGUUCGUGUGUUUAUCAAUAUAAGUUCUAAUAGUAGACAAAAGUGUACACGUAAACCUAGAGAUACCCGGCAUUUAUAUUAGUAUUGUUUUGCGAACAUGCUAAUGUCAGUAUCGUGGUGACUACAAUGCUAGCUAGCACGUGUUGUUUUUGACAGUCAUUACAUUAAAAAUCGGAGUUUCGGGUGACAAAAAAUGGGACGAAAAAAGCCGGGCAAGUUUGUGCGUUCUGAUAAUAAAGGAAAAGAUAAACGACACAAGAUGAAGGGGAAAUCAUUAGAAGCCUUUACAGAAGAAAUGCACUCUACAUUUGAAGCAAGUCUUCACUUGGAGGGGGAAGGAGCAGAGAGCCCCCAAAUUAAACUGCCUUGUCCACUUGCCAUGUGGGAGCUGGGACAUUGUGAUCCCAAACGUUGCACAGGCAGAAAGCUGGCCCGAAAGGGCUUUGUGCACAACCUGCGUCUCAAUCAGAGAUUUCAUGGACUGGUAUUGAGUCCAAUGGGCACAAAGUAUGUGACACCAGGUGACAGGGAGAUCGUGGCCCAGCAUGGACUCGCAGUGAUUGAUUGCUCCUGGGCCAAACUGGAGGAGACGCCGUUCAAUAAGAUGAUCGGAAGUCAUCCGCGCUUACUGCCGUACCUUGUCGCUGCAAACCCUGUCAACUACGGGAAGCCUUGCAAAUUAUCUUGUGUUGAAGCUUUCGCUGCCACCUUUUGUAUUGUAGGUUUCAAAGAGCUGGCUGUGCUUUUGUUGAAGAAAUUUAAGUGGGGCACCGUGUUCUUGGAGCUCAAUAAGGAGCUGCUCGAGCGCUACGCUGCGUGCCAGUCAGAGGAUGAGUUGCUCACUGUCGAAAAGGACUUUCUCACAACCAAACCUGAGGACGACGAAUUUGAUCCAUUUGACGUUGACUCAGGAGUAGAAUGUAUGAAUCUCAACAGACGUCAUAGGGUACCUGAGGAGGAGGAGGAGGAAGAGGAGGAUUCUAGUGAGGACACUGACACAUCAGAGGAGGAUGAGGAUGAUGAAGCAGAAUAUGAAAAAAACAACGAUGAGUCAGAACAUGUCUCACACAUUAAAGAGGAAGUAGCAGCUGCAGCAAAGUCGUCACAUUAAAACUUAUUUAAACUCCUUAGAAAUUGAAUGGCUGGUUAACAAUAGAAAGAGCGUCCAUGUAUUCUGUGAUUUUGUUGUUAUGGUACAUAAUGUCAUUAACUGAUGUUUUUAUAUAAAUAAAUAAAUACAUCUGGGAUAUCAA